UAUCUUUAAUAAUGAACGGAUUCGAAUAUAAUCUCAAGCUGAUUAGGGCUUCCGCCUUUUCAACUUCGGCUGAGAUUAAUUAAAAACCAUAAUAAAACGGAAUGAACAUCGAUAUAUCAAAGUGUUUACAAAGCGAUGUUUAAGGUUAGGUGCGAUGUGCGAACGUGACACGUAUAGAUCUUGCUGAGCGGUUCAUUUUAAACAAAAAUUGUUUUAUUUUAAAUUAAAUUAAUAAGCCGUUGUAUCUGGAGAUCUGCAAGUUUUAGUUAAUUGAUCAAUCGUCCGUGCUACCAUUUGGAGUAUUCGAUUUCAUGUGCCUUAAUGUGAAGGUGAUUUUCGUGUUACGAAUAAAUUUAGAUAAAAUUGUCAUUGAAACUGAAUUAAAGUAGAGGGUUCAAACUUUAAUUUAAGCCGCGAACGAAGUGAAUCAGUUCUUUAUUAACGAAGUUAUGACCAACUGAAGUUAAUCAACGUCUUUCAUUAGGAUAGGAUUUUUAGAAUUGAAUGAGGCUUCGUUCAAAGUGGACUGUCAAGCCUUAGGAAUCAAUCCAUCGAAGUUUGCUAGAGGAGACUCCAAUCUUUAAUUUAAGCCGUGAACUAAAUGAAUCCGUUCAUUAUUAACGAAAUUAUUAGUAUUAUUUAAGGACUGAAUUCAGAGCCUGAAACAUGGCUCCUAAGAAAGGUGGGCAAGCAUCGAAAGCUAAUCAAAAUAAGUCGAAAUCUACGGAUGAGGCAGCAAAACAAGAAAAGAAAGGAGGCAGUUCCGUGAAAGUGAGGCACAUACUUUGCGAGAAGCAAUCGAAGAUCCUUGAAGCCCUAGAGAAAUUGAAAGCUGGGGGGAAGUUCAACGAAGUGGCCGCUGCCUACAGCGAAGACAAGGCUAGGUCCGGGGGUGACCUGGGGUGGAUGACGAGAGGCUCGAUGGUGGGUCCCUUUCAAGAAGCAGCAUUCGCCCUCCCUAUCUCAACACUUGGCUCGCCGAUCUACACGGACCCUCCAGUGAAGACGAAAUUCGGCUACCACGUGAUCAUGGUCGAAGGAAAGAAAUAAAGUUUGUGGACAGUUUAAAUAUUGUAUUGUAUAUUUAAAUAUUCGAUCGCCUGAACAAUCAUCUUACAUAGGUGAAAUAAUUUACUUAUAAUAAUUGUACAUCUAUUUGUAAAUAAAUCAACGAAUCGCCCGUUCUAAUUAA